AUGGCAUCCGUUGAGCCCGCUCCCGCGGCUGGCGAUGCUGCCCACGAGAAUCACCCUCCCCCAUGCCUGUGCGCGCAUCCCCUCCACACAGGACUUGGUCACGACGAACUGACUCCGCACGUUGACCUCCAUCAUCUCGUCCCAAUCCUGCUCGCCAAUGUCCCCGACGUCCCUGAUGCGGCGGCCGAGUCCGGCAUUUGCAACCAGCACCGAUACGGCCUUGUGCCUGUCCGAGACGGCCGCAUCGGAGAGGAUCCUGUCGACGAGCGACCUCGUCGACUCUCGGUCCGCAAGGUCGGCUUGGGCGGUGACGAAUACCUGUGA